AUGGCAACAAUCCUUUCUAUCCCGUCUGGCAAGAAACUUCUUCGACGUCAUCUGGCAACACAUUUUGAAUCAUUGAUUGGUCCUGCUUGUAUGAAAGUGAAAGAAACAGCCGUAGCCAAUGGUCAGACUCCAAUAUUACCUGGAGAGAAACACAAGGUACGUGGAUGACAUGUUAACUAUAUAUCAUAUUUGCUACAUGCGUAUUUAUGUAGAUGCAGUUGAAUAUAAACAUACGUAGAAGUUCUGCUAGACGUAACAUGGGUGUCAGAUGUUGGAAUCCGUGGUAAUCGGGUUACCUGCAGUGACUUUAGCUAACUGCAAAAGUACUGGCAUAUUCUACUUGUUUUAGUCAAACCUUUAGUCAGAUUUGUGCUAUUUUCUCUCGGAUCCUAGUUAACAGGUUUCUUUUCUACAAAAACCUAAGGCCUAAGUGAUAUUUUCUAUUGCCAAAAUUGACCUUCUGAAGGCUAAUUUCUCAAAACAUUUCCCUCGCCUCCGUUCACUUGCCUCGCUGGCAAUGCGCUAACUGCUAACUGCAUGCAAAUUAGUUUAGGCUAACUUGUAAAGAAAGUAAAUAUGCAGGUUUGGACGUAACGAUGCCGUGGCAUCGAUAUCGCUUUUAAAAACGUCAUAUAAAGGUAAGGUAUAACGUUGAACGGUGAGCGUGAUCGCGAUCUUUCUAGCAUAAGAUUUCAUUAUGUUCUGUAAAAUGUUGGGAGUGCUUUUAAUAGUGUUAUAUUGCUUUUACUGGACGUGCAAUUUGUGCUAAUUUCAGCCUGCGUUAUACAAUAUAUUAUUCCCGUUAUAGGUUCUUGUACAAACUUUAUGAAAUAAAUUUUCCUAAGAUAAAAGUGCUUAAUAGUUAAUUACGUUUCAGCAAAAGGAGUGUGUGCCCGGAGAUUUGUUGUGCAUUCGUUGAGGGAAACCAAGGACCAUGCUUUUAAUUAAACAAAUUUCUUGUUAAAUAGUAAGCGCCCAAUGACACGUAUAUAGGACGUCAUUUGAAAGCUCUUUCUAUUUCCUACUAUACUUUUCACUUGGAUUCUUCACAGUAUAAUUAUGUAGGUUCACUUUUUUAUCAUGCAAGUGGAUUUCAACCUAGAAUUUCAACGUCAUUAUGAGUAAGAUAUUUCCCUUUCAGACAAGAAGACUGUCGAUUGGUGGCAUGCGAAAACGAACAAAAUCUGACGCUGAAUGCGAGGAAUAUGUUUGUCCAAUGGACACAGAAAUCCCAGUCCCCUUGCAGAAAAUAUUUUCACCUAGAUUAAGAAAAACGGAGGGUGUUCAACAAAGUGUUGUGACGAAUCAAAAGACGCGAGGAGACGAGCAGCAGGUCAGUGAAACCAUCAAAGUAAAGCCUGCAUGCAGGCAUUCCACCCGCAAAGGCGAGAUUCCAUAAAACUUAAGCCUCUUUUCCAUUCAUCGCAAGAGUGAACUCGCAAGCGGGCUGCGAGUGCUUUCAACCAAUCACAAUGCUUGACAGUUUAAUUUAACUGGAUGCAAUGAGCAUGAGAAUUGAGCUUGAGAAUUGUUGUCCAGGGGCAACAAAGUUAGCCUAGGGGUAACAGCAGCGCUCUAACCAACUUAGAGCUGGACAAGUGGACUCUGCAUGUAGCUCAGUUGGUUAGAGCACCGCUUAGUCUCUAGCAAAACAAAUAAUUUGCCAACUAACGUUUUUUGAAUGAGCCCUCAAAUUACUUUUCAUCUUAUUCAAUUUGUGUGAAGGUUCAAGUCUGGCAGGCUCAUUAGUUUACACGUUUUUUCCAAUUUUCUAAACUGCUGUUAAAAUCACACUUUAUUUCAGGGCGAUGAUGAACUAACCAAAACGCUUGGGACGUUUUCAAAAGAACUCAAUUCACUCACGGUAAAUACACCUCAAAUAUUACCUAUACACACUGUAGUUUAGGACUGAUCGAAAUAAACAUCUCUCGCUUUGUUAAUUCAAGUUGAGUUUAGAUAUCUGUCUCAAGUGAAAGUAAAUUAUUUUAAUUUGUAUAAAUAAAUAAAUAGAAUUACUCAAAUACACUCAAGUACAAAUCUCUUUGCACGUUGGUUUCGCCGUUAAGGGGCCGAUUACAUGGAGAAUUUUUAACCCCGGGGUUGAACUCAGCCCUGUUUACCGGGUUGAAAUGUAAUACAAAACUCUAUCAAAAUCAAACGCGCGAUUACAUGAGCAGGGUUGAAAUUUCAACCCCGGGGUUGAACUCAGCCCUGGGUUGAAAAUUUUGUCAUGUAAUCGUUUCAACCCAGGGCUGAAAUUAUCAUGAGUUAUUCGAGCAUGCGUGGUAGUGACUAUUUAGGCGUAAAAAAAAUACCUGUGGUUCCGGUUCCCGACCGACCCUAUUUAUUUUCUGCCGACCCUAUUAUUUUUUCAACGCGAUUGACUGUGCGACCCUAUUUUCUCCAGGUGGUUGCGGGCUGCUCAUACAGCAUGCCAAAAUGGCGUCUGUUGUCACACUAAUUAUUGAGCAAAAUUGCCUAAAUUUGUCGAUAGGAAAUACGCAUCUCUAGUUAAUAUUGAUGUCGGGACUCUACUGCAAAUCGCCCAGCAACCAUGAAAAAAAUAUUAAAAAAAAAAAAUGAUUUCCGACCUACCGACCCUAAUUUUUUCACGAUAUGAAACUGGAACCACAGGUAUUUUUUUUACGCCUUAUUACAAGAAAACAAAAUGAAGGCUUUUUUUACUUCCGGGAAUCGAUGCCGAGAACGUAUAGUAUAGCGUUUCAACCCCGGGGAUGAAAUCGUCCAUGUAAUCGCAAGAAAUUUCAACCCGGUUAACAGGGCUGAGUUCAACCCCGGGGUUGAAAAUUCCCCAUGUAAUCGGCCCCUUAGUAUCCACAUUUGUUGCUUUCUGCAAUUUGUCUAUUAAGUUGGUUGACCCCACUUUUGAGUUGUUUUUGCCGUAUAGCUAUACGAAAACUUAAGGUAAUUCCGCAGUUUUGCAAUGCGCACUUUUACUGCGCACAUCUUAUAACUUAUAAUUUCAUCCAUUAUACGUACCGUUUAAAAAAAUAUCAUUUUAUGACAAUUUUAUGUUACUUCAAACAUCUUUGGUUACAUUUGUGCAAAGAAUUACGUUAAAAUCAAUGUUUUAAGAAACGGUAUACAAAAGUGUAGCUAGGGUUCCGGGUUCCCUGUGUCUGUAGUAUAUUUACUUGUAUUUCACGUUUUGAUGCCACAAUUCCCUAAAAAGAUCGGUGACCCCCGUUUUUUAACUGAUAAUUUAUUUCUUUAUUGCAUUUUACAUUUCAUAUCCGAAAUUAAAAGAAAAAUUAUUUCUGGAUCUUGAAAAAAAUGUUUUAUCAAUGCAUGUUCUCAAAGAAAGAUAUGUAAAGAAAUGUGCAAAAGACAUUUGUGGAUCAGAAUUGUACACGUUAGUAGUUUCAUUUUGCUCAAAACACAAUAUUUUUUCAAAAAUAAUUACAAGAUAGGUUUACUAAAGCAAAAUCCGCGCUAAAAACGUCGAUAAAUAUCGGGCUGUUGUGAUUUUGCUGUUACUCGUAAUGAGCGUCAAGAUGGCGCCAUAUUGGGGUAAAGGUGGUAUAUUGUGAUUGUCAUAUCUUCUUAACGAGUUCGGUGACCCCGACUUUUUUGUGUGAUUUUACUUUAAGUAUAUCAUAAACUCCAUGCCUAGGAAGUUUCAGCACAUUCUCAUUUCGGGAACAAUUACUGCGGAAUUACCUUAACCUGAUUUUUUUUCAUUGUCUAAUUAGCAAUAACUACAAGAGAGAAAACUGGAAGUUUUCGUUGCAUGAAUCGUCUUCACAGCGUUGUAUUCUGCAUUUUUUUCUCUUUAAAUACGUCUGAUAACACCUUUUAGAUUCUGAAGUAUCUUAUGGUGUCCCUUCCUUCAGUACACAUGAACAUCACUGAGCUCGACAGGGACGCCGGGGAGAGGGGCCUAUACCCAGGGUUGGUACCGAAGAGAAAUGGGUUGGGUAAGCCAUUUUCUGGGGUAUAAAGGGUUGGGUAAUUGCAUUUCUGAACAAUCCUGUAUGGCCUCUGAAGUGACCUUUUGUAAGGACUCACGAUGGCCGAGUUCAAGAACUAAACUGGUGUAGUGUAUGAAUAUAAAUCGAUGGAUCGUUUCCAUGUUGUUAAUAUGUUAUAUCAUUUAUUUAGGAUAUGUUGGGUCAUGAUGAUUCAAAUGAAAGAUAA